AUAAAUAGACCCCCCUCCGUCUUAACGGUAAUUUUUUUUCCGUUAUAACAGUUUGUGUCGUCAUGUCUGGGCGAGGGAAGCAGGGCGGCAAGGAGCGCGCCAAGCCGAAGACCCGUUCCUCGAGAGCCGGCUUGCAGUUCCCCGUGGGCCGCAUGCACCGGCUGCUCCGUAAGGGCAACUACGCCGAGCGGGUCGGGGCCGGCGCGCCCGUGUACCUCGCGGCCGUGCUGGAGUAUCUGACGGCCGAGAUCCUGGAGCUGGCGGGCAACGCGGCCCGCGACAACAAGAAGACGCGCAUCAUCCCGCGCCACCUGCAGCUGGCCAUCCGCAACGACGAGGAGCUCAACAAGCUGCUAAGCAAGGUCACCAUCGCGCAGGGCGGCGUCCUGCCCCACAUCCAGUCGGUGCUGCUGCCCAAGAAGACCGAGAACCACCACUACAAGCCCCAGAAUAUUUUCCAGCCCAUGAUGGUGCCCAAGACCGAGAGCCACCACCACCAGCCGCAGAAUAAGUGA